UUUUUUUUUUUUUUUUUCACGUAUUUAAUAUCUAUUGUUUUUUUUUCUUAGUUUAUUAUAGUUACAUUCUACACUCCCCCCUCUUUUUUUUUAUUAAUCUAACAAUAAUGUCUAUUAAGGAUUUAAAAAUAUUUAAUAUAGAUGAAGUUCGUAGACAUUCAACUGCUGACGAUUUAUGGAUUAUAAUUGAUGGCAGUGUUUACGAUCUUACAAAAUUUGCAGAUCUGCAUCCUGGUGGUGUCUUUCCACUUUUGGAAGUGGCAGGGAAAGAUGCAACAGAUGAGUUUUAUGGAUUACAUAGACAAGACGUUUUACAUAAAUAUAAUCGAUACAAAAUUGGCACAAUUGCUGGAUUUAAACCACAAAUAGAAUGGCAUGAACCUGGAUCAUUAUCAAAGGUUCCUUAUGCUGAACCUAUGGCAUUUCAAGGGUUUAAAUCUCCUUAUUAUAAUGAGUCACAUUUUAAAUUCAGAGACGCUGUUCGUAAAAUCUUGGAUCCUAUGAUAGAAGAAGCACGACGCUAUGAAGAUUCUGGAGAAAAGCCCUCUGAUGAGUUUCUUCAAAAAUUAGGAAAUUAUGGUAUUCUAGCUGCUAAUGUUGGACCUGGGCCAUGGCUUAAAUCGUUCAAUUUACCAGGAGGAGUUAACCCAGAAGAGUAUGACUACUUUCAUGAACUUUUACUUCAUGGUGAAUUUGCUCGAUUCUCAGCUCCUGGAUUUACCUCAGGUCUUUUAGGUGGUAUGACCAUUUCAGUUCCUACCAUUCUAAACUAUGGCAGUCAUGAGAUGAAGGCAAAGAUUAUUCCUGAAAUAUUCAGUGGUAAAAAAAGAAUGGCUUUAGCUAUUACAGAACCUUAUACAGGGUCGGAUGUUGCAAACAUUAAAACUACUGCUGUAAAAACAUCUGAUGGGAAACACUAUAUUGUUAAUGGUGUAAAAAAGUGGAUUACUAGUGGACAUUAUGCUGAUUAUUUUUCAACUGCUGUACGAACUAAGAAGGGAAUUUCGAUGCUUUUGAUUGAACGUGGUGAAGGUGUCGAGACAAAAUUGAUAAAGACAUCCUACUCUGCAAGUGCAGGUACAGCGUAUGUAACAUUUGAAAAUGUUAAAGUGCCAGUUGAGAAUCUUCUUGGUAAAGAAGACAAAGGGUUCCAUGUUGUUUUGUCCAACUUCAAUCAUGAACGUUGGAGCAUGCUUACAGGCGCCACUAUGAAUGCUCGUAUGGUAGUUGAAGAGUGCUUUAAAUGGGCUAAUCAACGGAAGGUUUUUGGUAAACGUUUAAUCGAUCAACCCGUUAUUCGUUUCAAAUUGGCAAAAAUGAUUGCACAAGUUGAAAGUGUUCAUAGCUGGGUUGAGGGGUUAACCUAUCAAAUGAACCACAUGAAUUAUGAAGAGCAAUCAUCUAAACUUGCUGGGCCUAUUGCACUUUGUAAAUAUCAGGUAACCAGGAUGUUACAUGAUGUAUCAGAUGAAGCUUGCCAAAUAUUUGGCGGAAGAGCUAUUACUAAGACAGGUAUGGGCCGCCAAAUUGAAACAUUACAGAGAACUUACAAGUUUACUGCUAUUCUUGGUGGAGCAGAAGAGAUUAUGGCUGAUUUAGGUGUUAGACAAGCUAUGAAGAAGUUCCCAAUAGGGGCUCGCUUAUAACAAGUAGAAGAAAUACUAUAUUUGAUUUGAUAAUAAAAAUAAAAAAAUAAAAAAAAGAGGGAGAGUGAAUCUCUAUACGGUUAUUAUGA